UAUUGCUGUACUUGUCGCAUCUCUUCCAGCAUAGCCGCCAGCGAAUCGCCCGUCUGACCCGGAGAGACGGCGGGCAUUUACACCUGCGUUAUCCCUAUCUCCCAGGUGUGCGAGUGCAACUGAAGGUAUAGGCCGUGCCCGACCGUACCGCACCGGGUUGAAUUGCCCGUAUCUUUCGGAUUGGAACUUAGCUCCGUUUAUUAUUGAAUAAUAAUUAUUCUAAUUCAACCGAAGGCGACGUCAUUUUAUAUAUCAACGCUUGCACAUUGUGCCACUUUACACUCCAGCACAUCACAUACUGGCCCCCUUUUACUUUUCUCGUCGUUCUCAGCCCACUCUUUUGCUAGCAAGCUAGGAACACUUGGACCGGACAGCCAACCCAUCUUCGCUCACGUCCACCACCUUCCUCCCCUUGACGAUGUCCCCUCCUCCUCCUCUUCCCCCACUUCACCUCUGCAUCGACGGCGGCGGCACAAAGACCUCGUGCGCCAUCGCUUCCUCCCUCGGUAUCCUCGCGCGGGGCUUCGCAGGCACAUCCAACAUCGCCGAAGUCGGGCUGCAGAACAGCGUCUCCGCCCUCAAGCUCGCUACGGAACGUGCGAUCGCCGGCCUGCCAAAGGAGUACCUUGAGCGGGAGGCGUGGGACGAGCUCGAGCGCGUGAACGAGAAAGGCGAGGGACACAUCAGCAGGAAGAGUAUCGGAAGCGAGGACGGGCAUGGUUCGGGGCAUCAUCCCAAUGGUCUCAAAGUGAGCACGAACGAUGUUGGCUUAACCGCACUCUCUACUCCUCCGCGUACGCCUUCUCCGCCCAAAACUCCAGAUCCGGCAGACACGCUCCACUUGAACCCUUUGGGCGACCUGACUUCCCAUUCCCUCUGGGUGGUUGAGCGACCCCAGGCACCUGCCGUCUCCCGCUGUCCUGUGUCUUUUGACUCUGUCUGGGUUGGCCUAGCGGGCGUUGACGCGCCUAGCGAUGCGCUGGCACUCAGUGUCCCCCUGAGCGAGUUCUUUGAUAUUCCCUACGGGAAGCGCCUCGUGAUACAGAACGAUGCUGCACUGCUCGCCGCGCCUAUUCUCACGAACGGCUCUACGGGCGGGCUGACCGUCGUCGCUGGGACUGGCAGUGUCUGCCUCGCCUGGGCCGUCGAGGGCGGUCAGCUCAAGUACGUCGGCCGAAGGGGCGGCACCGGUUUCCUCUUAGGUGAUGAAGGGAGCGCGUUCUACAUCGGGCGAGCAGCGCUCCGUGCAGUAGUGGACGACUUUGACAGCGGUGCGCCGGAGACCCAGCUGCACGAGAUGGUGAGGGUGAAGUUUGGGGUCAAGACGACUGAUGGGCUGCUUGCGAAGGUGUAUGAGCUGGAUGAGGAGAAGAGCGCGAGCGUGGCUGCCAACCAGAGGAAACUGGCGAUCGCGGAGCUCAGCAGGGCAGUUGUCAAGUGCGCGACAGAGUACAACUGUGAGAGAGCAAAAGGCGUACUUCGGGAAUCUGCCCGCGACUUAGCAUGGCAAGCCCGUCCGCUCGUCGACGGCCGGCGUAUCACCGCCGCCCAAGCCACACUCUGCAUGGGCGGGGGUAUGAUGGGACUCCCGAUCUACCGUGAGAUGUUCUUCGAAGAGCUUGCAAAAUGCGGAGUGCGGUUCGCGAAGACGGAGUACAUUGCUGACGCUGCGGGCCGGGGGGCGCGGGCGUUGGCCGGACUGGACGAUUAGAGACUCGAGGACUCGGACUGUGCAUUGCAUUCGUUGCUGGUGCUUUUGGGCUGCUUCCUGGAGAGUGAACUGUUCGCUGGCGAUUAAUGACCUUUGUUCGGACUAUCAAUGGGUAGUACGGUACGGACCUGCCCUUUCUUACUCGCUUCGCUUGCGUCACGACUGUUGUUCAAGGACUUUUUAUUCUUUUUAUUCUUUGUUGUUGUCAAAUGUAGUACUAG